GUUAGUUCGAGUGCCCAAGAGAAAGCGUGAAGCUGCCAGCAUGAUCUAACUCUUGAAGCUGUGGUUAGAUCGUGCUGUGACAGUUUCACUCUUUCCCUGUUGGGCACAUGACAGAGAGCGACACCGCAAUCCGCAGCUGUGUGUGUGUGUGUGUGUGUGUGUGUGCAGGUUGCGGGCAUCGACGCAGCACCAAAAUAAGGUGAGCACAUCCAUCCAUAUCUUCUCUUCUCUUCUCUCCCUCCACCGUCCCGCCGGCAUAUACAUCGCCCUCCCCAAGUUGUCAAUCGCCUUGCCUAGUAGGCUUAUUCAAGCCAGAGGGAAGGAAUCGUUCAUUCCAAUGUCGAUGCUAUCGUAGUAGUAGUAACAGCUAGCCAUUUGUUGGAGAUGUUUCAGACAUUCGUCAUGCUUGGAAUCAGCCGGUCAUCCUCGCAAACGGCAUCAUUGCUCCUUCCCAUUCUCCUUCGUAGUACUACAGCUUCUCCAGGUCCAGGCGCGUGGCUCUAUCAGCUCUUGGUUAGCUACUGCUUCAAGCCAAAUAGUCCACGACUAUGUACGUCCAUUCAGAUUCAUAUGUGUAAAGACCUUUAAAGCAAAGUAAUAUGAGAAAAGCAUAUGCUUUGUCCAUGUUCUUAUCAAUUAGUACAGAUUUGAUCCCUCAACUUCAACCAAAAAUGUCACAUCCUGACCUUUUCAUUCCGGACAAGUUUCGUCCCUCCAAUUUGAAGCGGUGUCUAUGUUUGACCAAUCUUGCCCACAUGGUAAUAUUCUCUCUUAUUCAUCUAUCUUUUUUUUCCAUCACAAUAUCUCUGGUGGGAAAUUUUCCCCAACACUUGGCGCGCGCAUGCACUUUCGACACCUCAUCCUCAGGCGAUAAGCCACCAGCGAGAAGCACGUCAGGCUGCUGCCAAUGCAAUGGUACUUAGAUGUUAUCUAAACUUCCUUCCUUUAAUGAGUUAGCAACUAAAGUUUCUCAUGCAUUGAUAGGCUUCUUUCAGUUAGAUGUUUUGCCUAGGUUCACGUAUUUGUCAUUGUUUUUUUCCGGGGUCAUCACACUUAGACUACCCGCAGUGGGAGUAACAUAAGUAGUAACAUCACACUUAUCUAGGCAAAAUAGAUGAUGUGGCAUGUAAUUAAUGAAGAAAGAGAAGCAUGUAGUAACAUAGCUAGUUACUGUAACAUCACACAUAUCAAGAAAAGAUGAGUCUAUAGCCUAAUAAAUAAAUUGAUGUAUAACACAAUACAUAUGUUACUACCCACUGUGGAGGUAGUAACAAGUAACAUAUGCAUGUUACUACUCUAAGUUACCCCCAUUGUGACUAGUCUUAUCUCUCUUCUCUUAAUUAACUUGUCACAUCAGAUUUUUUCGCUUACAUGGCAGGCUUAGCACCUGUACAAGGUGGAGCAUUGGGAGGGGCCUCACUGUUGGACCGUGUGCAUGUCCCUUGACAAAGUUAUUGUUGUGUUUUACUGAAUUUAGUGAUCCAUAUUGGGAAAAUGCUUAUGGCCGACUCAAUUUAGUGGUGGAUUUGGACAGGUACCCGCUACAGCUAUUUUAGAAAAAGUAGCAGUGGCAGGCAAAAAUGACCACCCGCCACUCAUAAUUUUUUACUACAAAUUUGCGUGUGGGAUAAAAGCAGCAGUGACGUCCUGUGCUUUUUGAUGACCGAAAAAUCAGUUAAUGCUUGAAAAAUAGUAAAACAACACAAAAAGUGCCCAAAUUUGAGCAUGGCAUUUUGGAUGGUGUGUAUUACACAUAGAAAAAUAUUGAAGUCGAAAUGGUGUAGAAAAAUCAGUUAAUGAUGUAGAAAAGAACAUUCAGGCCUCAGUAAAUGCAGUUGCCAGGUCUUUAGUUGUGGCCGGUGUCGGGCCGCACCCGUCACUGCUCGACCUACGUGGAGAACAUUUAGAAACCCCCAAAACUUCUUCAAACCAGAUUCAUUCCCCCACUAAAAACACGUCGUUGCCCUCCUCUCCGUCACAGCCGUUCUCCGUCUGCCAUCGCGCCCGCCUUCCCUGGCCCUGACGCCAUAGCCUCCUCCUCCAACAGCGGAGGCCUCCCCCCGCCGCCGCCGGCGCCACUCCCACUUCCUCCGCCUCCUCACUCUUCAGCGGCUUCAAUCUCCAGGUCAAUGGAGUACCAACCGCUAUUCAAGACGGUGUGCCAUGGGUGGUCAGGGAGGUUUUUGCCCAACAUGAGUGGCAUCAUAAUCUCUCGAUCGAUCCAUCACCUCAUUCGAUGUGGGCAUAGUGCCAGUCCUAUAUGACUCUACUUUUGCCGAUAUGUCGUUCUUUUUAAUGUUUGGCAGUUGUUAGUGUUUGACUGCGUGCAUCUUAAUUAAGUAGAGGUCAGAUGAUGCUCAUCAUGCUUUGUAUCAUUUGAUUCUAUAGUUUUUAGUUCAUAAAAAUGCCCUUCAUCAAAAAAAUACCUGGAAUCAAAUUACCGGCUCAUUUUGAAUUGCUUGUUUUUUUUUGAAGUUUCAUGGUUUCGUUCAGAGUACAAUCACCACAGAAAGAUCAAAGAUGAACGUGUUCAAAACUUAACGAACCUAUCACCUCUCCUCGGCUUGAUCCCGGCGGACCGUGCGCCUCCGGGGACGUCGACGUCGACGUCAGCGUUCCACAUAAAGUGGUCUGAUGAUGACCAACGGCAGGUCUGGUCUCUAAUCUAAUCUGCGUGUUCACCUAGGAGUCCGAGUUGAUGAUACCUAACCCAACUCGGAAAACGGCAAUUAAGUCGCAACGAAGCACUCCUUCCAUAAAAAAAUAGAAACCCUGAAAUCACAACUCGAUCGACUUCAAGGUUCAAGUUGCCGCCGUCGCGUCGCGUCGGUCGAUCGACAAGCAUUAGCGAUGGGACAACGUCGGCGGCUGCUGGAGCCAGAUGGCGGCGGCGGCGGCGGCGGCGAGAUCCCUAGCGAGUUGCUGCAGGAGAUCCUGGUGAAGCUGCCGACGAAGGACGUCGCCCGGUCCCGCUGCGUCUCCAGGCUGUGGCGCGGCGUCGCCAGCCACCCCUCCUUCCGCAGCCUCCACGCCGCCACCCACGUCGCGCCCGCGGCGGAGGUCCUGCUCGUCUCCGAGACGCGCGAGCCUGACGAGGCCAGCUUCUUCCUCACGUCCUCCGGCAAGGCCACGGCCAUGCGCUCCGUCGCCAUCCCCGGCGACUACGGCCUCGCCAACGUCUGCAACGGCCUACUCUGCUUCGUCCACCGCCACAAUGCCGACGCGCCGGCGGUGGUCUGCAACCCCGUCACCGGCGAGACGCUGGCGCUCCCGGAGCCGCCUCCGCUCGCCGCCGAGGGCGAGGCGCAGCACCUCUUCGCCCUGGGGUUCAGCCCGCCCACCAAGGAGUACAAGCUGUUCAGGCUCGCGUCCACGGUCGUGGACGUGUACACCCUGGGCGACGCCAGAGGCUGGCGCCGGCACGCGCACCUCUCGCUGCCUCAUCCAACCAAGAUCACGGCAUGGGCGCCACGGCUGAUCGGCGGCAAGCUGUACCUGCUCACAGCUGCUUGGAAUCGAGUCUUGGUGGUCGACGUGGCUACGGAGACGUGCCGAGCGCACCGUCUCCCGGCGCAGAUGAUCAUCGCCUAUGAUGAGCGUAUACCGCGGGUGGGCGCCUUUGAGCUCGACGGCCGGCUGUGCUUCGCGCUGCACACCGACAGCACGCCCACGGCCAUCCAGUUUUGGGUCAUGUCGCCGCCGGAGGACGGGAAGCAGCUGCGGUGGGAUCGGCACUACUGCUUUGAGAUCAGCGAGGCUUUCAACCACUUGGGGCCUUGGAGCGCAUGGGUUGACGGUGGCGAGAUGCUCUGCUACAUGCACGGCGACACUCUGCACAUGUAUGACACGAGAGGACGCUCGCCGCCGACGGUUCUCGGCGACGUUCAAGGGUUGCAGUGGGACCAGCGGCUCCACAUCCCAGAGUUCCCAUUAUGGUGGGAAACUUCGAAAUGUCAAUGGAACUUCCACGGGGGUUACCGUCCCACCCUUCUCUCGCCUCUCAGCUUUGCAUUGCCGCCUUCCCAAGACGAUGUGCAAAAGAAAAGGAGCGAAGGAAUAUAAACAAAAUAGUCAACACAAG